UUCAUUAAUCGAAAUAAUUGCAUCAAUUUUUGGCAUUUUGCUUAUCAAAAAAUAUCCAAAAAAAAAAACUUGAGUAAUCCUCUCCACAUUUCACUCUAGCAACAAAUUACGGAACACCACAACAUUGCAAGCUACCUUAGCUUGCCAAACUCAUGGAAGAUCCAAAUGAACGCACCCCUUUAAUAUCAGAAGAAGAAAAGAUCGAAGAAAAUGAAGAAGAAGAAGAAAGUCAAAGGCUACUUAAUCCAAUAUCAAAGGAAGAAAAUUCACCGGUGGAGCAGGUGGCAAUGACGGUCCCAACCACCGAUGACCCGGACUUACCGGUGUUGACUUUCAGAAUGUGGGUCCUAGGGACGUUAUCCUGCGUGGUCCUUUCAUUCUUAAACCAGUUUUUCUGGUACCGGAAAGAGCCUCUUAGCAUAACCGCCAUCUCAGCUCAGAUCGCCGUCGUACCUCUCGGCCAGUGGAUGGCGUUACGGCUUCCAACCCGCCCGAUUCUCCGAGGGACCCGGUGGGAGUUUUCGCUUAACCCGGGUCCAUUUAAUGUUAAAGAACAUGUGCUUAUUACCAUCUUUGCUAAUGCUGGUGCUGGAAGUGUUUACGCUAUUCAUGUUGUUACCGUGGUUAAAAUAUUUUACAAGAAACAAAUUACAUUCUUCGUUUCGUUGAUUGUUAUUCUUACCACUCAGGUGUUGGGGUUUGGAUGGGCUGGUAUUUUCCGGCGUUAUCUGGUGGAGCCGGCGGAAAUGUGGUGGCCGGCUAAUCUUGUCCAAGUUUCUCUCUUUAGGGCUUUGCACGAGAAGGAAGAACGGCCCAAAGGCGGUCUCUCCAGAACCCAAUUCUUCCUAAUAGCCUUCACUUGCAGCUUUGCAUACUAUGUCUUCCCAGGCUACCUUUUCCAAAUGCUAACAUCCCUUUCCUGGAUAUGUUGGUUUUGGCCCAAAUCCAUACUAGCCCAACAAUUAGGAUCUGGACUAUCUGGGCUUGGAAUUGCAGCAUUUGGGCUAGACUGGUCUACUAUCUCAUCCUACCUUGGAAGCCCACUAGCAAGCCCAUGGUUUGCCACUGCCAACGUGGCAGCUGGAUAUGUGCUUAUUAUGUAUGUGCUAACCCCAAUUAGCUAUUGGUUUAACCUUUACAAAGCCAAAACUUUCCCCAUAUUUUCAGAUAGUCUGUUCACAGCUUCAGGAUCAAUUUACAAUAUCUCUGAUAUUGUUGAUUCUAAUUUUCAUAUUAACCAAGAUGCUUAUCAUAAACAAGGCCCUGUUCACCUUAGCACUUUCUUUGCUAUGACUUAUGGAGUUGGUUUUGCGGCAUUAAGUGCUACUAUUGUGCACGUAGCUCUCUUUCAUGGAAGCGAAAUAUGGGAGCAAAGCAGAGCAAGUUUUAAAGACAAGAAAAUGGACAUACAUACAAAAUUAAUGGCAAGGUACAAGGAAGCUCCAGAAUGGUGGUUUUGGGUCAUCCUAGUUGUUAACAUUGCAGCUACCAUUUUCGCUUGUGAGUAUUACAAAGAGCAGCUCCAACUUCCAUGGUGGGGUGUUUUGCUUGCUUGUGCCAUUGCCUUUGUCUUCACACUUCCUAUUGGAAUUUUAACUGCCAUCACUAAUCAGAGUCCUGGUUUGAACAUCAUCACUGAGUACAUAAUCGGAUACAUCUACCCAGGAUACCCAGUAGCAAAUAUGUGCUUCAAGGUUUAUGGCUACAUUAGUAUGACACAAGCUAUUGCCUUCCUGCAAGACUUCAAACUCGGCCAUUACAUGAAAAUUCCUCCCAGAACAAUGUUCAUGGCACAGGUUGUAGGAACUCUAAUUUCUGCGUUUGUGUACCUUGGCACGGCAUGGUGGCUAAUGGAAACAAUCCCAGACAUCUGUGUAAAAACUGCCACAAACACUGUCUGGACAUGUCCAAGUGACACGGUGUUUUACGAUGCAUCAGUCAUAUGGGGUUUAGUAGGACCUCGCAGAAUCUUUGGAGACGAAGGUGUAUAUGAGGCAGUGAACUGGUUCUUCCUAGGAGGAGCCAUAGCUCCAAUCCUAGUUUGGGUUGCAACAAAAGCAUUCCCUAACCAAGAAUGGAUUAGGCUCAUAAACAUGCCCGUCUUAAUUUCUGCAACAGGGAUGAUGCCACCAGCUACUGCAGUGAACUACACUACAUGGAUUCUUGUAGGUUUUCUGUCAGGAUUUGUUGUGUUUAGGUACGCGCCUGAGUGGUGGCAACGACAUAAUUAUUUGCUUUCUGGUGCACUUGAUGCUGGUUUAGCUUUCAUGGGGGUUGCGUUGUAUCUUUGUUUGGGGUUGGAAGAUGUGAGUCUUAGUUGGUGGGGAAAUGACCUUGAUGGGUGUCCUUAUGCAUCUUGUCCUACCGAGAAAGGGGUUGUGGUUCAAGGUUGUCCUAUUGUGUAUAGCUAGUGAUCUCAUGUGCUGUAUGAUGUACAUUUGUAAUUUGUAACAAUGUAUUCAUUCUUUGUAAUUUUAUUAGUUGAAACAAGAUUGAUGCUGUUGUACAUUGAAAACUUUCUGAUUUGAACUAAAUGUGAAUUAAAAAGUUUGGCUUUACAGAAAA